AUGGAGUUGGAGUCUGGGGAGGUGGAACUUCAGUUGGAGGUGGUGGCACUGGACUUGGAGUCUGGGGAGGUGGAUAUCCACUUGAUGGUGGUGGCAAUGGACUUGGAGUCUGUGGAGGUGGAACUUCACUUGGAGGUGGUGGCACUGGACUUGGAGUCUGGGGAGGUGGAUAUCCACUUGAUGGUGGUGGCAAUGGACUUGGAGACUCUGGAGGUGGGACUUCACUUGGAGGUGGUGGCACUGGACUUGGAGUCUGGGGAGGAGGAUAUUCACUUGAUGGUGGUGGACUUGGAGUCUGAGGGGGUGGAACAUCACUUGGAGGUGGUGGCACUGGAUUUGGAGUCUGAGGGGGUGGAACUUCAGUUGGAGGUGGUGGCACUGGACUUGGAGUCUGGGGAGGUGGAACUGCACAUGGAGGUGGUGGUGGUGGCAAUGGGUUUGGAGUUUGAGGAGGUGGAACUGCACAUGGAGGUGGUGGUGGCGGCAAAGGAUUUGGAGUCUGGGGUGGUAGAGGUGGGCUUGGAGGGAUUGUUGGGGUGGGAGGUAGGAAUGGAUUUGGAGGAAGAGUUGGGGUGGGAGGUACGAAUGGGUUUGGAGGUAGGAAGGGGAUUGGAGCUUGGUUUUGUUUUAGGCUUGAAUGAGAAGAUGCCAGCUGAGAAUAUGUGUUGUCCUUGCUUGAUUGUCUUGAGGGUCAGUGAAGAAGAGAUGGAAACUGAGGGCACAGCACAAGGUGGGCUUGGAGAGAGAGGUGGGCUUGGAGGGAGAGUUGGGCUGGGAGGUAGGAGUGGAUUUGGAGGGAAAGUUGGUGUGGGAGGUAGGAAUGGAUUUGGAGGGAGAGUUGGUGUGGGAGGUACGAAUGGGUUUGGAGGUAGGAAGGGGAUGGGAGGUAGGAAGGGGAUUGGAGGGAGAGUUGGGUUGGGUGGUUGGAAUGGAUUUGGAGGCAGGAAAGGGAUUGGAGGCUUGAAUGAGAAGAUGCCAGCUGAGAAUAUGUGUUGUCCUUGCUUGAUUGUCUUGAGGGUCAGUGAAGAAGAGGUGGAAACUGAGGGCACAGCACACUUCACUUUGAAUGCACCAUGCUCAUUUGUCUCCACUUCUCUCUUCAAACUUGUUACUGAAUCACCAACUUUGCAUUCUACACCUACUUUGGCACCUGCUCAUGACAGAAGAAAAAUAAUUGCUCAAAAGUUCAAAUAA